CUAUUUUUUAGAGACUAUGUAAUUAAAAUCCGGAAACAAUUCGGGUGAAAAUCCGUGACGUGUAAAUUUCAUCACUCCUGAAAGAAGAACAGGGCAGAGACUGUGACAGUUUGAUAAAUUAUGACAACCAAUGAUAAACAGGCAAAUGGAGUUGAAGAUGAGCCUCUCUUUGAUCCUAGCAUUCUACGAGAGUUAGACUUUGAACACAAAUCUAGAGCAACAUACAAUCCCAAUAUAUCACCACAGAAUCCAGGAGAAAUGUUAAAACUUAGACCACUUUAUAAAUCUGAUUAUGAUAAAGGCUAUAUGAAUUUAUUAAGUCAGCUGACUAAAGUUGGUAAUGUCUCCAGAGAAGAAUUUGAAGCCAGAUUUAAUGAUCUGAAAGGUUGUGGAGAUACAUAUUAUAUAGUUGUGAUAGAAGAUAUGUCUUUAAACCAGGUGAUAGGUACAGGUACUCUAGUGAAAGAACGAAAGUUUUUACGACAGUGUGCAUCUAGAGGUAGAAUAGAAGAUAUUGUAGUGAACAAUGCUUACAGAGGAAAACAGUUGGGGAAAUUGUUGUUGGAUGUAUUAACAAUUUUGUGUCAGAAGAUAGACUGUUAUAAACUGUCAUUAGAAUGUUUAGACGGGAUGGUCAAGUUUUACAAACAGUUUGGAUUUGAUAAAGAGGAUGGACAAAAUUACAUGGUUCAACGAUUUCAUGAUUGAAAAACGAAAAAAAUAGUGAAAUCUAUGUGAUAAAUACAAUUGUGGGUUUAAAAUGCAUGUAGAGGUUUUCAAAUAAUCAAACCAAAGUCAAUUAUUGCAGCAUUACAAAUUUAUUUACACAACGAUAUGAAUAUUUAAAUGAGGAUAAAAGUCUUAUAAGUGUACUUGUAUGCUAAUAUUUAAAAUCAUGUAUUAAAGAUAGUAUACAACUAUAAAGGUGAAAAAUAUUAAAUCUUAUUAAAUAUCAUAAAUUCUGUAGUUAAAUUAUUGAAGCAUAGCUAUAUAAGUUUAAGUGGUCUAUAUUGUAAAAUUAAUUUGUUCAUGUUAGGGCUUCUGGUAGAAAAGUACACAUAAAGGUAGAAAGUUUAAAAAAUAUUACUUUUAUAUACAGAUAUGAUAAUCGGUAAAUAAUCAAUAUUUACUUAAACAAUGUUAAAGACAAGGUAUUUACUUUGAAGUAUUUAUGCUGUCUCUUUAUCAGUCUGUCAAUAUUUGGUAGAUUUUCAUUUGUUUUGUAUCUUGUACAUCAGGUAAUUAAGGCUUUAAAUAUUAAUUGUUGUAUUAAUUAUUAAGUAAGUUUUGCCUCAUUCAGUACACAUGCUCUACAGUGCCAAGUUACAUUUUUAAAUAUAGAAAUUGUCAUUUUAUCAGUGUGGUAAUUAAGUAAACCAAAAAAUUCUUGACAAUUUGAACCUUAUGAAAUAGAGUGGAGACCUUGAGUCUUCACAAAAAAAGUAAUAAAAGUAAAAAGUAUGAGAUUAAAAAUGUAAGAUGUCAAUUUAAUUACGAAAUGGUUCUUUCACUGCAUGCUCUUACUCAUUUUAACAUGGGUACCAUAUUUUUGUCACAAUGUUCUUUCCUCUUCAUUAAAUUGCAAAUCACUUGGACUUGUUUUCAAAGUGAAAGAAGGGCGUCAUAUUAGAAACUUAAAUUAUUCUUUUUGUAAAAUUGCAAAUUAAAAGAUAUGUUUGAUAAACUUCUACAUUUAAAGAAGCAAUAAGACAAUCAAACAACCGAAGUAGACAUCCAGGGGUCACCAUAAAAUAUUUUGAGUGAUUUAUACACUCAUAUACGUACAUGUAAUGGGAUUUAAAUGAUCACUACCAAACUAUGUGGUGUAAAUGCAAUGUAGUUAUGUUACUUUGGUCAGAAUCAAAUUGUCAUGUGAUAAUAUCCAUGAUUAAGAAGUGAUUAUUUGUUUCUACUGCGAAUUCAUUUAUUUUAGUGGAUACCAGUUUUCAUGGAUUGAGGAAACAUUGUAUUGUGGCGGAUAUUUAAUUUAAUGGUUUGGCUAAAGUCUGCAAAGCCUAUAGAAAAUGUGUACUUCAUUCAAUGGUUGUUGAAAUUUGUGGUUCAACUAUACUAGAAAAAUCCAAGAAAAUUGGUAUCCCUAAAAAAAUAAUAGUGAAUCCAAAGUAUUUGAAAUAAAAUCCUUAUGCAUAUUCAUAGGUUUGUGAUAUCUGUACAUAUCAAAAUAUUUUGUUAUUGAUGGAUGAUUUGAAUUAAAUAAUAUACAAUAGACCACUUUCGAGUUCAUCCGUCACCGGAAAAAACUCGUCAAUUAUAUGCACCUUUAUGACGUCAUUUACCAGAUAGAGGGGGUCGCCUGUAUCCCUGCACUAUUUACGUUCAUCAAGCGUCUUAGUGAUCGUCAUUGUGUAGGAUAAACUAGAAAUAAUGGUUGUUCUGUAGGUACUUACUGGCAAUUCCCUAAUGACAGCAAGGCUGAUUGUCAAUUUUGAGAAUUCAAUUUGCCGAAUAAUUCGUACAAUAUAGAAUUAUAGUUUUCCAACCACUUGCUCAACAUUGGAAUGGAAGUGACGACGCCCCUAAACGCACAAAUGACGGUGAUAAAGGCGCGUAUAAUUGACGAGUUUUUUCCGGUGAUGGAUGAACUCGAAAGUGGUCUAUUACUUCAGCAUCAAAUAUGUCCACAAUAUCAAAAUUUGGCAUUCAUAAGCUCAGUUGUGAUUUUUCUUCAUUUAAUAUAUGGGGUUGCAUUAAUAUGAUUUCACAUUUCUGACUUUCAGUAAAGGGAUCUGUAAUAUUAAAUGCACUCAUUCAGUUUUCAAAUUUACUGUAGUGUGUGAAUUUUAUAAAUCAUCUUUUUUGCCUGCAAUGAAAUAAAAGGCAAAAAACUAACUUUUUCUUGGAAUUUUUAAGAUUCUCGUCAUAAUCUCGUGUGAUAAUUAUAGAACCACAUUAAUGUGAAGCAAUAUUUCAGAUGUUUUUGUAUGUUGUAAAUAAGUUUGUUUGUGUAAUAAUUUAAAAUGUACACAUUUCUUUUAUGAAAUCCAUAUAAUUAAUAUCAGGAUCUCUAUAUUCAGCAUAAUUACUCAUAAUGCCUUUGGGAUUUAUCAUAAACUACAUGUGAAAUACCCAUAAUGCCUUUGGGGCUUAUCAUAAACUACAUGUUAAUUACCCAUAAUGCCUUUGGGGUUUAUCAUAAACUACAUGUAAAUCAUUGUACAAUAUAUUUCAUUUAUUUCACGAAUACAUCAUAUAUGGGUUCUCAAAUGGGAGGAAGAGCAUUUUUUCUAAAUAUUAAGUGAAGUUUUCUGUUGGAUGUGUUCAUGUUUUUAUUGGUCCAUAUAAGUACCUAAUUCAUUUCAUUCCUUCUUGUACAACUAAAGUAAAAUUACUUUGAUCAAAACUUUGAACAAUAAACAAAACCGGGGGAGACUCAUCCACUUCAACAACAACCAAAAAAAAAAUCAAUUUUCUACAAGAUUUUAUUGUUCACAAUAUAAAAAUUGUUAUGUCACUAUUUUUUUAGUUUGCCUAUUAAUAUUUAUAUUCAAGUAAUCUGGAGUUUGUUUAUAUUUAUGAUUUAGAUAUUUAUGUCAUUAAUAUUUUAAAUGUUUUGUUGAAAAUAUAAUGGGAAGUAGUAAAAUACAUGUAUAACCAGUAUGUUAACUAUUUGUUAAAUAAUCUAUGGGUUAUGUUCCUAGAUUGCAAUACUGUGAAAAAAUGUAUUUUUGUUUUGGAUUGAGGAAAGCUGGAUAUUGUGGAUUCAUUUAUUUCAUGGGUACCUUGAAUUUUCCUGGAUGGAGGAAUGUAUUUUUUAUAUUUAAUUUCAUGGCUUUGGCAAAGUUUGCAUUACUUCCUUUUGAAAUUUUUUAAUAAUUGUUGAAUGUUUCAAUUUAUGGUCCCCAAUACCAACAGAAUUCACAAAAAAAAUUAUCCAGCAAAUAUUAAUGAAACCACAGUUUUUAACAUUGGGGUUUUGCCUACAACUAAUAGCCAAUAAAAAAAUGUUGAAUUCACUGAUCAUUUAAAGAUGAGUACAUCCUCUCCAUUUGAACUUUGAUGGCUAGUUGUCUCUUGGCAAUCAUACCACAUCUCCUGAUAUUUUUAGGUUUGAUAGCUGUUCCAAACAAAUCUUCAAAAGGGUAUCCCAUAAAUAAUGUUAAAUCCACAAUAAUAAGAAAACCUGGCACAACAUUUUCUAUGUAGUACAGAACUUUAAGCUUUGGUCAUGUUGGUAAAAGAUGAAUCUAUCAUUAUUUAAGUUGUGGAAUAAUUUCUAAUAUGUGUGGAAUGUUUCUUUUUACAUUUAUUUUGUGGUUAUAAUUUUGUUCAACUAUGCUGUUUAUAUAAAUUAUAUAUAGAGGUAUGUUAAAUAAUUGUUUAUUCAAUUGACAAUCAGUUACAUUGUACAUGUUUUAAUAAGGUUUUUAGUGAUUAUCAUAUAAACAUGGUUUAUACAACAUCGACUUCUCAAAUUCAAUCACUUGCUUGGCAACUCUCAGGUUGAUUGUGCAGAUUUAAACAGAGGCACACCCAAUAUAGGCCCCUUAAAAACAGCAAAAAACAGAAAUUUACAGGAUAAAUAAAAGCCAGGUCUUUUGUCACAAUAUGUUUGUCUAUUUCCUAAUUCUCAGGAGCAUAACCUCUCCAUAAAAACCUGGUUUGAAACUCAAUUUGGCAAGUUGACAAUAAUCUUUAAUAACUAGGAUUGCCAAAAUUGAAUGUUGUC